CAUGCUUGAGAGAAGGAGGCGGUGCAAAUUCCUAUCCGGAGAAAACACUGCACGUGAAGUGAUCAGUGCGAACAGAGCUGUUGUACAAACGAGUCAACAUGACAUCAGAGGCUUCACGAACGUUUAGGUUCUGUCUGCAUCUCACGCCCCAGCUCCGAAGACACCCACAUCAUAGAUUAUCACUUCAGACAUUCAGAUACUUCAGUUCACACAGGGAAGCCAAGCACCGGGGACUGCUGUGGAAGACAAUUGUUGGGGUCUCUGUCGCAGCACCUGUGGCUCUCGGCAUCCAGUAUGUUGUGUCAGAGCCAAGAGAAAGGAGGAAAAUAAGGAUUGUGAUUGAAGGAUUUGGCCGUUUUUUCAGGUCUCUGUCUGUGGGGCUCCUCAUCUCUGUGGAUUAUUGGUGGACCAGCAAUGUGGCUCUUCGUGGCCUGGAUGAGAGCAGCCCAUCCUACAUGGCUCAGAUGUCUGCCUGCCACCAGAGGGCGGCGGACAACAUGGUGGAGGGCGCCAUCAGGAACGGGGGAAUAUACAUCAAACUUGGCCAAGGUCUUUGUUCCUUCAACCACCUCCUGCCCCCCGAGUACAUUCACACCCUGCAAAUUCUUGAAGACAAGGCCUUGAACAGGAAGUACAAGGAGGUUGACGCUCUGUUCCGGGAAGACUUCAACAAAACCCCAGAGCAGCUUUUUAAAACAUUUGACCAUGAACCGAUAGCUGCAGCCAGUUUAGCGCAGGUUCACAGAGCAGAACUGUUUGAUGGGACUCCAGUCGCUGUAAAGGUGCAGUACAUUGACCUCAGGGACAGGUUUGAUGGCGACAUUAGGGCCUUGGAAAUUUUGCUGGACAUCGUUAAAUUCAUGCACCCCACCUUCGGAUUCCGCUGGGUUCUUAAGGACCUGAAGGGCACGUUGGCUCAGGAGCUUGACUUUGAGAAUGAGGCGAGGAAUUCGGAAAGGUGUGCUCGAGAGCUCCAACAUUUUGAAUUCCUGGUGGUACCCAGAGUCUAUUGGGAGCAAACCAGCAAGAGGGUUAUAACCGCCGAGUUCUGCGAAGGCUGCAAAAUAAACAACAUAGAAGAACUAAAGAAACAAGGGUUACAUUUUAAAGAUAUUGCGGAUAAAAUGAUUCGGACAUUUGCUGAACAAAUAUUCUACACUGGCUUCAUUCAUGCUGAUCCUCAUCCUGGAAAUGUUUUGGUGAGACGAGGGCCUGACAACAAGGCACAGCUGGUGCUGCUGGACCACGGCCUGUACGAAUACCUCAGUCAACAUGACAGGGAAUCCCUUUGUAAACUGUGGAGAUCUAUUGUCCUGAGAGACAAGGCAGCAAUGGAGAAGUACUCCAAUGCACUUGGGGUCAAAGAAUACUUCCUCUUCAGUGAGAUGCUACUGCAGCGACCCAUCAACAUGCGCCAGUUGGGUCUGUCCAACAUCCUGAGCCGAGAGGAGACCACCUACAUGCGUGACAUGGCCAUCCACCGAUUCGGGAACAUCAUGGAGAUACUUAAGUCCAUGCCCCGACCCAUGCUGCUGGUCUUCCGUAAUAUCAACACAGUCAGAAGCAUCAACAUCUGUCUGGGGGCUCCAGUGGACCGAUACUGCGCCAUGGCCAAGAGUGCGGUUCGAGGCUGGGGGAAAAUCCAGGCAGAGAAACCCGGGAUCCUGCCUAGGUUUUGGCUCUUCAGUUGGGUGAGGACCACAUGGGAAAGUCUUAGAUUCGAAGUGGCACUGAGAUCAGAGAUGGCGCUGAUGAGCCUGACACGGUCGAUCCUGAGCCUGCUGUCCUACUUUGGUCUAAUAUCUCUGGAGGCCGAGGUUUACGACUACCUGAGGUAGCACACAACCCUUCCACUCUGCAGGAACAGAAAACAACCCAUGCACAAGUUAAUGCAAUCUGACAAGGAAGAACAUUUCAUCAGUGUGGCAGAGCUCAGCGCUGCACAUCACAUCAUAUCACAUUUGGAAGUGACAUGUCCUCAGUGGGUCGGAGUGAAUCAAACCCCAGGACGGUAACAGUAGUAGAACAUCCUUUCCACUCUGUAGUACUAAGAAUAGAAUUAGAACAAUUUUAAAUGUUGCUUUUUAAGGAAAAUAAAGAGAUGUACGUUAUCUGGUUUUAUUACCAGCAUGAUCUAAAAAAAAAUCUUAAUAUUUUAAAACAAAUUGUCUUUUAUCUUUGUAUUUAUUCCAUCGUAUUUUGUUUUAUUCUGACUAAACAGUAAUAAAUACACACUUUGUUUAAAUGGAUCUUAACACUUAAUGCAAAUAAUGUACAAUGUUUAAAAAGUGCUGAUUAAGUACAUUUGUGUCAUUGUGGUAAAAUGUAGUAGGACCAUGUGACCCGUGAGGGCUAAUGUGAUCAAUAACUAAUGCAGAGUGAGAAGAUCGACCUGUGACCUCAAAGAUGAUCUACCUCCUUUUAGUCAAACCUCUGUGUCUCUAUUAGUCCAAAAAUCCAUUUUGAACUAUUAAAAAUUCACAACAAA